UCUUUUUUUAUGCACAAACAUUCUGCAUUACACCGCAAUGUGCACACGUCGCAUUAAAAUUAGUUCCAAAUAGCUUCAAAAAGUAAUCGGACGGAAUUAUUUCCUUUUUAUAAUUUGUCUUUUUUAAUGUAAAUGUUUGUUCGGUUGGUGAAAAUGUUCAAAUAUAUUGGUUUUGCGAUUUUGUUCGUGUUCUUACCAAAUAUUAGUUUCGUUCAUUCUCUUGUGGAAGGGAAUAAAACUCUGAUCAAAAACCACCCAUGGCAAGCGUCUGUUAUUAUUCGAGACACAGCAUGGAUAUUUUGGUGGCGGGAGCAUAAAUGUGGUGGAACAAUAAUAGGAAGAAAGUGGAUUCUCUCCGCAGCGCACUGCUUUGAUGAAAAUUCCACAGACAGUAUUUAUGAAGUGCGAGUGGGCUCAUCAAUGGCCUCGUGGUGGGGACAUGUAUAUUCCAUCAGUAGUGUCACACUCCACGGCAAUCGGCCUUCAAGUGACAUUGCCAUUAUCGAGCUUGCCGACAAUAUGGCUUUUGACGAUACAGUAAAGGAGAUCAGGAUGGCCGCCACUGAUUUCACAUUAACUGGUUUUGAAACUUUGAUAUCCUCUGGUUUUGGACGAGCAUGCUUUCUGUGUGAAUUCACCGAAGACUUAAUGGAAGUAAGAUUGGACUACAUCAGCUGGAAAGAUUGCAGAGCCACAUUCGGCCGUGUAACAAGCAAGAACAUUUGUGGCAUGGACAAAGAUAAGAAAUCGACAGUUUGCAGGACUGACUCCGGUGGUCCUGUUUCGAUCGUAGACUCAAACAACGAACACAUCUUAGUUGGUUUGGUGCGAGGAGGCCACGACUGUGUUGCAGCCGAUCCAGUGGUUUUCACUUACAUACCAGAAUACAGGGACUGGAUUCAGAAUAUAACCGGAAUUUAAAUGUUUAAUUUGGUGAAUUCUAGGCCAAUUUGCUGUGUGAAAAUGAAAAUGAAAUGAAUUCUGAUGACAAUCAGAUUAUAUUAAAUUGACACAUGAAAUGAUGAAUAAAUCUAAGUGUCAAGCUGAA